AUGGAGUUCGACAAUAAAUAUCUACAGCAAAACCUGGUCCAAGCAUUGCCGCUAGAGCUGGGACUGCAAGUCAUCGGGAGCUGUCUAGGAUAUGCUUUCGCUCAAUUCAUGUUACCAGAGGCACAGAGAUGGAUCACAAAAACUCAUCUUUGGUGUUUGAUAGCAGUUCAAGUCCUGAAGACAGCGUUUGUCAUCUCUUCGAGUGGUCAUGAUUCAAAUCACAUCACGUACAAAACUGCACCAAAAGACACGAAUUGGAUGUUUGUUGGCCCUGAAUUUCACUCUCUUCACCAUGUCCACCCGGAUCGAUAUUUCGGCUCAUUUGUCAAAUGGUUUGACUGGGCUUUUGGCACAGCUUAUUCGCUCCGUGGCAAGCGAGUUGUUUUGACAGGAGCCAAUGGAGCUUUUGGCCAAGCGAUCAUCGCUGAGCUAGAAUGCGAGGGAGUUCGGAGCAUUCACACAUUGGACUUUGGGUCUCAUUGGAAAAAUCCUGAUUUUGAGAGCGUGAAGCCAGUCUUUUCAGAAAGUGACAUCCUGAUCCUAGCGCAUGGAUCAAAGGACCGGAAUGCAGUUGAUUCCAACCGUGACUCAACAGUUGAGCUUGUGCGGCUAUUCCAACAGCACAGCAAGGCAAACAAAAAUACUGCGCAGCUCCCUGAAGUAUGGUACAUUGGGAGUGAGAAUGAACUUGACCCAUCUUGGGGAAGUUCUGAACUUCAAGGAUCCUCUACCUCCAAGCGCACAUUCCUCCCACAUGCUCGAUCUUUUUUCGACGACCCGAAUAUGCUGUAUCGCCAUGUCGUCCCAUCUUCAUUCGAGUCAUCUAACGAGCAUGGAUUUGUCUCGGCAACCUUGGCAGCCAAAGUGACGAUGUGGUGGAUCCGACGCGGUGCACGUUACGUUCCUGUAACAUACACUGGCAUUGCAUAUCUAAAUUAUGUCAAAUUUAUGUGGUGGACUCCCUAUGCAGAGACUCUGCACUGA